UCUGACUAUUUUCUUCUUUAUCUUGUCCUCUUGACAUCAUGAAAACUCUUGUCCUGUCAGUGUGGAUUUUUAUUAAUCUGAUCCUGUUCGGAAUGUUCGGCUACAUACUCUUAAUUUGGUCACAACAUUGGCACGCUGUCUCGCAUAAGCACCAAAUAGAAGCACUUCCUGAAGAAUCUUUUGAACGGCCACUUGUAGAAUACUUUAAUGAUGACUUCAAACGAUUUAUGGACAACAUAGAGCGCCCUCGACUAGAGAAACGCAGCAAACCACCUCUGAUGAUGAUCCCUAAGGAAACCCCUGUAGAGCCAGCUGCAUCCUCAUUUAACGAUACCUUGAAUAGAGUAAAAGCACAUAAAAAUUCAAUAAUGUUGCGCCUUCGUAGAGUGUUAUAUUCGGAGAGUGAUGUUCAAAAAUUUCAAGCUUCAAAUCCCUACAAUGUGAACUACACAGGCCUAUAUGGCACCCAGCAAGGUGGAAUGUCCAAAGAAAGUCUUCUUUGUUCUCUGAAACAGAGGCUCCCUUUCAUCAAAACUCUUCGGAAAGAAGAUGUACCCUUCAAAGAGAAUUUAAGUAAAUCUUUAUUCGAAGACCAUAUGCUUGGUUCUGGCAAACGAUACCAAAAAUGUGCCAUCGUUAGUAAUGCUGGUUCUCUCAUUAACUCGAAGUCUGGUUAUUUUAUUGACGACCACGAUUUGGUUCUGAGAUUCAAUCAUGCACCCACAGACGGGUAUGUUGAGGAUGUGGGAAUGAAGACUGAUAUUCGAAUCGUCAAUUCAAAAGUUGCCUCUAAUCCAAAGUUUGAAUUUCUUUCCUCUCCUCGUUUUCGGAAUGUCACAAUCCUUGUUUGGGAUCCAUGCAGUUAUUCUUCCUCCUUGAAAGAGUGGUUGGCUUCUCCAGAACAUCCUUUUUUGGAGCCAUUUAUGAAGCAUCGUAAACUUUACCCGAAGAAUAAAUCUUACAUCCUCGAUCCAAGGCAGCUAUGGAUUUUGUAUGAUUAUUUGCAGGCCCACACUCCUGUUCGACUGAGACCCAAUCCCCCUUCUUCCGGACUUUUAGGGCUAGCUCUGCUCUUGCCACACUGCAAUGUUGUCAACAUGAUCGAAUUUGUCCCAUCUGUACGUCUCACCCAACGAUGUCACUACUUUGAGCCGCUUAUGGAUGAGCACUGCACUUUUGGAGUUUGGCACCCACUUGCUGCUGAAAAGUUUUUAAUGAUCAACAUGAAUUCGGCCUCUGACAUUAAAACCUACCAAAAUGGCUACGUAUCAAUUCAAGGUUUCAACACAUUGAAGUGCAAUUAAAUAUUUAUCUGCUUUGUAUCUCAAUUUUAAAUUGUUGACUGCCAUUACCGUUCAGAAUUGCCUGUAAUCAAUUGCUGUUUCAAAAAUCUUUCAAAACAUCACGAAAACCAAUUUUAAAUGAACUAAAAAAUUUCAUAAAUUUUAAAAUUUAAUUUCAAUUUAAAAAUAAAUUUCUGCACUGUGAAAAUUUUCAGAAAGCCCAUUCAGAUUGAGAUUUCACAAAAAAUAUACAAAUGAUCUCAAGUCAUGCUAGAAGCUUUUCGGCAGAUACAAUUUUCAAAAUGAUAAAUGUAUUUUUAUUUUUUGAAUGUACCAAUCAUCCAUACCAAGACGCUUGUGAGUAACUAAUCGAGGCAAAACAUCUGUUUAUAUUGUUCAGUCUGGAGUUACUCCUAAUACUUAAAUGUAAUUUUUGAAAUUAUGGGUGAAACAGUCUUCAAAAUUCAAUCAUAUCUACAGCCAACUCGUCAAAUUGGCAUGGCAGUCAACAUAUAUCAGUCUAUGAAUUUGUUUGUGCUUUAUUUGUUAACUGGUGAUUUUUAUAUGCUGUGGUUGCAUUUUUUGCUGUCAGGUUAUUUUAAUGUGCGCUUUGUAAAGUCUUUGUAACAUGAGAAGACUCUGUCAAAGAAGUCAGUAAGAAUUUAUAAUAAUUGGAAUGUCACUGGAUAGUGUGACAAACAGACAGAAUGUACAAAUCUAAUCUGCUUUUGCUUAGUAUUUAUAAAUUCGGUUUACCUGAAAAGUAUACUUUUUAUAUCUCAAAGUGUUUAUGUACCAGAAGCAAGUGGCUGUCCAGUUGAUUAGGUAAUAUUUUCUUCUUAAUGCUGAAGUACUUCGUUUCUUUGGUUCCCCAACAAUCCCUUCACUUAAAUUGAUCUUUAAAUUAUUCUUCAAUUCUAGUUCAGGAUGUUGGUCUUAUUUUCGGGUCUUCCCUCCUCUUGGAGAAUCUAGAGCAAUUGAAAUUUUUGACAAUUAAAAACCUCUUAGGUAAAAGAGCACUUGCAGUUAGCAAUGCUGCUAAGAUUGUGCAAUUUUUUAUAGCGUCUGCAGCAAAUGAAUUCCAUUCACAGUCAACUUUUUUCCACAUUAAAGCAAGGAAAAAUUCAUAGCAGAGCUUUUGCGUAGGUUUUUUGUAAUUAUAGCACUACCUUGUACAAUGGUAUCAGCUUUGGAAGUCUCAUAAGUCUUUUUACCAAAGAGGUCCUGUCACAUUUGAGUGGAAGAGCUUUGAAUAAAAAUAGAAAAUUUUGAGUAACGUACACACACAGGUUGAAGAUGGAAUGGACCAAAAAUAAUGGGCAGCAUACGCUUUUAUAGACUUGAUGAUGCCACGGGUGGCGAGACUUCAAGUCCAGACGCGAUUGGCUGGCUAUCAGUUGCAAGUCUAGUCAUUAAUUUUAUGGGUGAUGGCUGGAUGAUAGGACUGAAAAGAUGAAACAUGAACAGAACCAAGCCAUACCUAAUGACUGUAAAUAGAAUUUAAAUGAAAAUUUGGAAGUUUAUAUGGAAGGAAAAGAGCGUGGCUAUUCUGAAGGCAUACGUGACAGGUCCUCAAUUUCAAAUUCCAGUAAUGCUCAGGGAGUUUACUCAAAAUUUCGGGGAAUUUAUAAUUUUUUUUUGCACGGAUGGAUCUUUUCAAUAAUUUGAAAAGAGUUUGAAAAAAUAAGAGCGCACUGUAUCUCCUUUCAAAGCGAAUUGCAGCAGAUGAGAAACAACCUUUGGGCAAUUCUGAGCUGAUAAGAAUGUGAAAAAGAACGAAGAAAACUGGAAGGCUGUCAACCUUUGCAGCAACAUAACACAAUAGCAUUAGUAUUAGCAUUAAGUAUAGCCCUGCACUAAGUGACAUUGCUCAGAAAACUAAAUUACUUUAAUAGCAAUCUUUUAUUUUGUCUCUCAACUUCUUCAGAAAUCUGUAGUCCCUUUUGUGAUAGUUGCUGCACCUAUCUCUCUCCUCUGAUGAUGAGUAUGGUCAAGUUUUAAAGAUCAGUUUAUGCCCUAGCUACCAGCACAGCUCUGUGAACGGAUA